GCGCGCGCCGCCGAGGGGCAGGGCCCCCGGCCCCCGCCCCUUCCCACGCGCCGGCCCGUCGCCCCCGCGCGCGCACACUCGCGAGCCCAGGCGACAUGCAAAUGAGCCCGGCUCCAGUGCCCAGACCCAAGCCCCCCACUGCUCAAUGGACACCCCCAGCCCAGACCCGUUGCCUUCGCCUUUGCCCGGGGAGGAAGAGAAACCUCUGGCCUUAUCUCCUCCUGUACCCCGGGGCCGCCGAGGCCGGCGUCCCGGGGGGGCCACCUCCUCGAAUCGGACGCUCAAGGCCACCCUCCCUCGCAAGCGGGGCCGCCCCCCCAAGUCAGGGCAGGAGCCCCCGCUGGCACAAGGGGUGACAGCCCCUGUGGACAGCGGCGGUGGCAGCGACCUCCUGCUGAUCGAUGAUCAGGGUGUGCCCUAUACGCUCUCUGAGGGGUCAGCGGCAGGUUUGCCUGAGGGCUCUGGCCCUAAGAAGGCCCCGCACUUCUGCCCGGUGUGCCUGCGGGCCUUCCCCUACCUCUCCGACCUGGAACGCCACAGCAUCUCGCACUCAGAGCUGAAGCCGCAUGAGUGCAAGGAUUGCGGCAAGACCUUCAAGCGGUCCAGCCACCUGCGGCGGCACUGCAACAUCCAUGCCGGCCUUCGGCCCUUCCGCUGCCCAUUGUGCCCUCGCCGCUUCCGCGAGGCGGGCGAGCUGGCCCACCACCACCGUGUCCACUCCGGGGAGCGCCCUUACCAGUGCCCUGUCUGCCGGCUGCGCUUCACGGAGGCCAACACGCUCCGGCGCCAUGCCAAACGCAAGCACCCCGAGGCCAUGGGGGUACCCCUGUGUUCCCCGGACCCAGGGCCUGAACCACCGUGGGACGACGAGGGCAUUCCGGCUACGGCGGGGACCCAGGAGGAGGUGGAGGAGCCGGAGGGGAAAGAGCGGGCUUGACCCACACCGUGGGCCACCGCUCCCCGGGUCAGGUGUAGAGCUGGGAAUUCAGCUGGUGCUGAGCCUGGGCAGGAAAGUGGGGACACCCUUAUACCUGGUGGUCUUCCCGUUGUGGGAGGGGGUCGAGGGUGAGGGCCUAAAUUCCUGGGUCCUGCUGCCUUCUGCCACCCUCCCCCGGACUGACAGGCCCCUGGGGGCAGGGGCCUUGGAAAUAAAUCUCUGCCUCCUGGCUUCUGUGUGUAUUCAGUGAUGGUA